AUGAUGCGUGAGGAUAUGAGGGGGAUGCGUAACACUAUGUCAUUGAAUAAUUCGCGCCUCGAUUCGAUAGAAGAGAGGGUCGGGGCAUUAGAGCAAAGUGUUACUCAGAAAACUGGCAGCGCAGCUCGAUUUGAAAAUGUCAUAGCUCAACUACGACUCGAACUUGACCAAAAGGAGCAAGAGAUGCUAGUCAAUGACAUAGAAAUUACGAAUCUACCCGAGAUGCAAGCUGAGAAUCCGACUCAUCUUGUCACUAAGUUAGGAAUGACACUAGACGAACGAGACAUCGUAAGUGCGGAGCGGGUGGGGCCUAGAUACCCACGCGGCGCCUACGCGUCGACUAAGAGCGGGGACACUGCAGCACGUGGUGGGAGACCGCGACCGCUGGUAGUGCGGUUCGCUCGCCGAGCGCAUCGUGAAAAAUGA